AUGUCCGAUACAGAAAUCGAAACUGCUCUGAGCGCUUUUAUAGUACUGAGUGCACAUUUAUAUUUGUUACUGAGAAAAAAUAAAAAGCCACGUCAAAGAAGAUGGUGGAUGACGACACAUCAUAAAACACGGAAUCAGUAUGAUGGAACCCGAUUAUUGAGUAAUUUGAUUCAAGAGCCAUCAGGACAGUUUGAUAACUUUUGUCGUAUGUCUUCGAUAGAUUUCGAAUACCUUCUACAGUUGAUUGGACCAAGAAUAAAAAAGCAAGAUACAGUAUUCAGAGACUCAAUACCAACCAAAGUACGCCUUGCUGUGACACUUAGAUUUUUAGCGACUGGUGAUUCAUUCAAAAGUCUUCAUUACCUAUUUAAGAUUUCUCCUCAAGUCAUAUCGUUGAUCGUGCCGGAAGUAUGUAAAGCACUAUGUGAGGCAUUGCGUUCUUUUGUAAAAAUGCCACAAAAUGAACACGAGUGGCUUGAGAUUGCUCGAGAAUUUGAAAUAAAAUGGCAAUUUCCACAUUGUUUGGGCGCUAUCGAUGGGAAACACAGUUUGUGA